AUGAAUCAUAUAAUGGUUUCAGAAGAGCCUCUUUAUGGUAAAGUUGAAUUAAACCCUUUAAACCUAACACAUAAUUAUAAAUAAAAGAUCCUAUUGACUUGA